UCUCCUCACUACUGUGAGUUGUCCGCCCCUUAGUCAAAGGUUUUGUUCCAGACAGAGAAAGAGAAAGAGGGUUUGUGUUUCAGUCUUGCUGAAAAUCCACACCCAUUUCAUUGCACUGUUUGAGAGGCAAAGUGUCAUACUCGUGCUUCAGCACCGGAGUUCAAUAACCUAUCGGUAAUACUUUAUAUACAGUGAAUUAUCUACUUAAAAAGGCGGCUGAAAAGCAUCUGGGAAUCAAAAAGGAAGCAAGGAAAGUCGUUCGUUGCGUGUGAAAAAAAAGGAAGGUUUUAAACGAUUUUUUGUUUUUGUGUGUUGACUGAAGACAGUUACUUCAGCAUGUCGCUUUCGGUACCUCACAACGGUGUAAAGGGAGACAAUGAACCCGUGAUCGAGCUUUUCGUAAAGGCUGGUAGCGAUGGAGAAAGCAUUGGAAACUGCCCCUUCUCACAAAGACUGUUCAUGAUUUUGUGGCUAAAAGGAGUGGUCUUUAACGUCACUACAGUGGACCUCAAGAGGAAACCAGCAGACCUGCAGAACCUGGCCCCAGGGACACAUCCCCCAUUCAUCACCUUCAACGGAGAUGUGAAGACAGACGUCAACAAGAUAGAAGAGUUCCUGGAAGAUGUGCUCAGCCCUCCUAAGUACAUGAAACUCGCUGCCAGACACCCAGAAUCCAACACUGCUGGGAUGGACAUCUUUGCCAAGUUUUCUGCCUUCAUCAAGAACUCAAAACCAGAUGCAAACGAAGCCCUGGAGCGGGGUUUACUGAAGACCCUGCAGAAGCUGGAUGAGUACCUGCACUCCCCUCUCCCUGACGAGAUUGAUGAGAACAGCAUGGAGGAUAUCAAAGUGUCCAGCCGCAAGUUCCUCGACGGAAACGACAUGACACUGGCUGACUGCAACCUGCUGCCCAAGCUGCACAUCGUCAAGGUGGUGGCAAAGAAGUACCGCGGCUUUGUAAUCCCGAGGGGCAUGACUGCGAUCUGGAAGUACCUGGCCAACGCCUACACCCGAGAGGAGUUCACCAACACCUGCCCGAGCGACACGGAGAUCGAGAUCGCCUACGAAGACGUGGCCAAGCGGCUCACCAAGUAACCAGCCCCAGACAAACCCCCAGCAACAACAGGACUGUUCACAGAGCGCGCGUUUCAUUUACAACAUUAUACGUCUUUUCAUUUACAACAAUAAAACUGCAUGAUUAGAUUUUUUACUUUUGCCGUUAACCGAAGUCACAGAUAAAGUGCAGUAGAGAGUGGGCAAUGCAAUGGUGAAGUAAUAUGGGAGCUGCCAGCUGUUCAGAUGAAGGAAAUACAUUCUGAAGGAAUGUUGUUGUUAUAUCAUAAGUCUCCACAUGCUAUGUAACUUCACAGCAGUGUCAUCAUACAGUCAGUGUGUUACAAAUGAGAUAGGGAGCGGAGAGGUGAUUUUAAGAAUGUUGGAAUUGGAGAGGACUAAUGAAGCAAAGCUGUAGGACCUCCAGCAUGUCUUUUGACAACGAGAAGUUGCACGCAGCUUUAAAAUAAAUGAUUAAACGGGCGAGGUAGCUCUGGCAGCGUGAGCUUGUGGUACAGAACUAAGCCUACUGGUCUUUUACAUCACUGUAUCAGAAUCUGGAUUAGACAGAUAGGUCUUACUGACGAGAGCUGUCACAUGAAAAAGCUAAAAGACGUAAAAAAAUAAAGUUGAGAUCAUUUCAGAAUGCUCGAGGCUUAUAAUUAACAUUGUUGACAGACUAGAGUCACCUAACAGAAUGUAUAAAAGGGUCCUGAACUGCAAUAUAAUUAUUGAGGGGAGAGGCUGAAAAUACAGCUCUAGUGGCCCACAACAAAUUAUAGAUGUAUUCCCCAAUGUUUCUGAAACCCAACUGACACAAUGAAGUUAAUCACACUGGCAGUACAGUAUUUCUUCACCUGUAGAAGUGCGGUUCACUUCAACUGAAUGACUUUCUGUGGCACGAAUAUUUUUAGUAUUAUUUUCGAACAUGUAAGGUAUAUCAUUUGGAUGUUUGACUUUGUUUUCUUUACUUUUAAAAAGGUGUUGACACACUGAGACACUAAGAUGUGUUCAUCAAGUUACUCUAAAUAUAUUUGUACAGGUUUUACUGAAUAGUAGUGCAGUGAUUAUCUAAUAGGGAUUUGAUAGUUGGUAUCAAUGCACUCAGUACCGGAACUCUUCAAAUUUGUACUCUUCAUCCAAAAUCUCAAUUGGACUUUUUAUUUUUUAUAACUUAAAAAAAAAAUCUUUAUUACAUUUUUAUUCUUUUAAUGCAAAAGAAUUGUAAAUAUUUAUCUCUAAAUGUUAUCAUUUUGUACUGCGAUGCUGUCCAUUCAGUUUAUUUGAAGGAAGCAUACUUUCUGUAUGUUUGGGGUUUUUGAAGGAAGCAUGUACAGUGUCCAGUCACCAGUGUUUGCUUGAUUUCUUGAGUAGUUUUCAAUUAAUCAUUGCAUUACUAUCAGUGUAUGUGUAAUACUUUUAGAUGCGGAUUAGGGCCUGCAUUUCAAUCAUAUUGAAAUGAAACUAAAUUACGAUACAACUGCAGAUUUGCAGAAAUCUUUGAAAGUUCUUCAAAAUGAUUCAUGUGAGCGACUGAAAUUGGGACGACUGUUGCCUUCAAAGCACGUUUUACAAUAUCGUUAUCUGCCAAGCCAUGACAAUAUAUUGAAUAUAUUGCUUAAAACACCUGCUACUCUUCCAUUUACCUGACUAGUAACUUGUUCUGCAUUUGCAAAAUGUUUACUUUGUCACAAUUCAUGCAUGUAUUUGUGAAAAUCAAACCCUGCAUUUUAAUUAAAGUACCUUUUGGAAUUCAGUCUGAUGUUGCUUUAUACGUGCCUAGCAGAGGUGCAAGCAGUUUCCUAAUUGAAUACCGGACAGGUAAUCAUCAUCAGUAAUCCAUGCAUUGAGAAGAAGCAAUGAAAUGUGUAGACUCUGAAAUGGCAUCUGAUUAUAUAGAGUAAUAGAACACAGGUAGUGAGACAAUGGUAUUAUUAAAAAGAAAGAAGCCCUAUCAUUUCCUUAUGAAACGGAGGAACUUCAGUGUAGCAAUGAAAGCAUGUGAUUCUGGGUUACUCGCUGCACAAGACUCUCAGAUACCUUGGCGAUUUCAUUCAUUAUUGUUGUAUCUCUAAUGCAUGGAUCUUUGAAGAUCUUCAAAAAUUCAACACAUUGUAAGAAUUUCACUUCCCGGUUUACGAAAGCAUCUAUUUUGUUAUUUAUGAUAUUAUUGCAUGUAGGUUUUAUCACGAAACAAAGGAAGACGUUUAAACUUAAUAUUCCUACGAAUAUCUUUAUUUAAUUAGUGAUUUUAUGGUCACCAUGGUUUUUGGUAGAUCUACAUGAAAACACAAAAAUGAUUCAAAACCAUGCUCGCAGCGCUGAAAGUGGUAAGCUGUUAAAAGUAACCAUACAUUCAUAUAUAUCCAUUUUCAGAACUUGCAUGAAGAAGAAAUGUUUGUUGACUAAUUUUUUUUUUUUUUUUUUUUAAAUAUACUUAAUGUUGUUAUUUCAUUAAUUGUUUUUAAGAAUAUUGUUUUGAGCAUAGCCAGCUUAGUUUCCUGAAACAUCUUGAUAUGUAGGAAAUAUGCCCGCGUGUUAAUAUGUGCCUUGAAAUGUAGGAAAGGCAGGUUGCAUUCAGUACAGUAGGGUUUACAUCUUUCACUGUAUAUUGAACAACUUAUGCAAAUAUACUAACUGCUGGCAGCUAUUAAUAAAAUACAAAUGUAUAUUUUCACUAUUAUAAA